GUUGUAAAUCCAUACUACUUGCGUGUUCGAAGGAAGAAUCCAGUGACAAGUGCAUAUUCUAAAAUGAGUUUACAGCUGUAUCAGGUGGACAGCAGAACGUAUUUGCUGGACUUCCGUAGCAUUGAUGAUGAAAUUAUUGAAACGAAGUCUGGGACUGCAACUCCACAGAGAUCUGGUUCUGUGAGCAACUACAGAUCUUGUCAGAAAGAUUCAGAUGGUGACGCACAAGGAAAAUCUGCAGAUACAUCCCUUACCUCGUCAAUGACCUCUUCACUUGAUUCUUCGACAGCUGACUUAACUCCAAGACCAGGCAGUCAUACCAUAGAAUUUUUUGAGAUGUGUGCAAAUCUUAUUAAAAUACUUGCACAAUAACUUUGAAGGUGGGCUUAUUUCUUUUACAGCAAUAAGCAUGCAUAAAUCUUAAUCAGAUGCUUCCAGUUGUAAUCAAUUUAAAUUAACAAAGGCGCUGAAAAAAAUACCUGCAAAAUGCAAUUUACCUAGGGACUGAAGUAAUUAUGAGCAGUUAGGUAUAUUGCUUUGAAGCUGGAGUGAAUUCUGAUUUUCUGCUAUUCAGUAACUUAAUACAGGUACAGGAAGUCACAUGCCCCUCGGGCAGUGCUUGUAACAUUUUCAUUGAGUGCACAUUAGUAUUUAUAUAACACUUACAUUACACAGUCCUUUUUAUCCUUCUUGUUGGUGAUGCAUACAUCGGAGCACUGUAAGAAAAUGUGCACUUACAAGUUCAAUGACCUAAGUAUGACUUGUUGGUCACUGUCUACAUUUAUGCCUCAGUUAAUCAGAACAGAUAAUGUCUCCUAACAGUAAAGCAUUAAAACUGCUGUUCCUUCAUCCUUUAUUCAGCAGUAAAUGAGAUUUUAAACAAAGUUUGAUGUGCUGUAAUAUGAAGUUCAAUAAUGGAUAAAUUUGAUGAGAUGUUGGCAAAUCCAUCCAGUUGAAAUUUUCAGUACAUGUAAGUGCUCUGCAGCACUGUUAUGAGUAAAAUUCUGUGGGGUGUAAGUAGAACAGUUGAAACCACAGCAGUGCCAAGAGAGACGAUGCUGAGAAGAUACGCCUACGCAGUGGCCUGAAACAAAUCACUGCUCUGAAGCACUGUGAGCAAGCUCCUGAUCUGUGCAGGUUUGCUAGCUCAUACCAUAGCGUAGUAGCAGCACAGCUACUGCAGGCUGAAAAUCCUUAGAAGUAUAUGCAUGUAGUUAAGAGCACAGCCUAGGGGUUGUUGCAUGUUAUUCCACAAUCUGAAAUUGACACACCUUUAAAAAACAAAAAAAAAGAUAUGUCUGCUUACAUCACAUGUUAACUUACUAUAUGUUGUAUAGAAUUCACGCUGCAGUUCAAAUAUAUUUUAAAGCUAAGUUUUUCCAGGCUACCCUUGUACAAAUUUAAAUUAUGGAAAUUAAUAGUGCAGUUUUUCGGUUGAAUGUUAAAAGCUGGAAAUGACAAUUAAAGUGUUAAUAGUUAGGAAAUUUUGAAAUGUAGAUUGCAGUCAUGGAUAACACAAAAACCAUAACUGCAGAAGAAGUGUUUAAGAAAAUGACCUUAAAUGCUAGAUCAGAUAUAUUUGCUCAAAAACAUUAAAUAUCUUGUAAAUUGGAUGUACAUAUCUACAGUUCCAUUUUCAUUUAGCACUUAAUUUUAGCAAUUAAUAGAUGUAAGUGUUAAUAAAACAUUUUAAUUUCUUAUUUGGGGAUUUUUCUUUUCAAAAUAGACUUCAUGGCUUAGUUUGAAAGGUUGCUCUCCAAUUUAGAAACUGGAAGUCAACCUGGUCUUUGUUGGAAAUGGAUGGGACUUCUUGCCAAUGAUGAAUUUAAGGUUCCAUCCUUGACACACUACUAACUACAGAUGACAAGAAUAGUCUAAUGCAGUCCAAUUGGCUUCAGUCCAGAAAUUCCUGUUAGAAAUUUGAAGUAAUUUACUCUGCUUAAGCCUCAGAACUACUGUAGCUCUUCUCAACUGGGCAAUUGUGUGUCCUGUUUUGUAUGUAGGUACAACUUCAGUUUUUUGUCCUCAAGUAGCGUCUCAUACGAUCCCUGUAAUGCAAGGUUAUAUUACUGGAGCUCAGAGUGGAAGGAUUCUCCUCGAUAAAGCUUUGCGUUUAAACUGUUGAGAUUGAGAUGACAGUACGUGGGGCCAGCUAUCAAUCAUACUUUUAAGUCCUUUCUUCUUUUGUUUAAGGAAAGGUUCUGAUGUUCUGA